ACUUAAAUUGUGUUUCUGCCAUCACUUUCUGCCGUUACAGCCUUAAGCACUUUGACUGUGAGAAUCAGUGGAAAUCAUUAACACUUGUGCACGGCUUAGAAUUGUAACACACAGUUGUAAAACACAGUCAAUUUACUCCAUUAUCAGUGUUUCUGCAUGCAUUUGGGUGCGUUAUACUAAGAACAUCCGUAUGCACACACACAAUAGAAGAAAAGCAACAUUGGUUAUUAAUCAAUUCACGGAAUUUCUGCUCAGUUUCUUUGUUUGUUUUUUUUUCACUAAUAUUCUCAAAAGGAGAAAAACAUGAAACAGAAGGAUGACAAGGCUGAGCAUGUUGCAGCCCCUGCACGUUUCUGUGUUGUGGUUCUCGCUUCUCCUCCCCUCGCUGCUAUGCGACCACCUGCUUUGCCACUACAGCCCCAUCCUGGCGAACGAUGACACGUUCGAGCUCAUCGUGACCGAGUGCCCCCCUGAUGAGCUGUGCUUCAAGGCGGACGGUCGCUACGGCAAUCACAGUGCCCUGUCGGCUAGGGGCUGCAUGGCGGAGAAGGACUGCAGCCAGGUGCGCAACAUCAGCCUCAAAGGGACAGUCUACAUCAUGACCUAUGCCUGCUGCGACCGACCGUACUGUAACUCCUGCCUGCUCGUCGCAGCCAAUCUCCUCUCCAUCACUGUAACUCUUGUCACUGUAGCUGUGACGGCCGGCAGUUUGUGACCAAAGACCUCUGACGUGCUAUGUUACGAGCCUCUUUAAUCUUACAUCAGGGCUGACGAUGCGAUUAUGGGUCAAGACCAGGGCACCUGAGCAGCCUCAGCAUGAAGUAAUGUUGAAGGCCUGCAGAACUGUGUCAUGCGUGCCCAGUAUAAAGACACUGAGGUGUGCAUCAAGAAGGUGAUGGCAGAGAUUUCAACUGUAUUUUUUAACAUCUUAAUAACAAAUGUUUUUAUAAUGUUUGAAUGUCUAUUAAUAAAUAUUUCAAAUUAUUUAUAUACAUAUGUGUGUAUAAAAAUGUGUACAUAUGUAUAUGUGUGUUCUAUGCUCUCAAAUAUUUUCAGGCACUUCUCUCUCUCUCUCGCACAACACACACCAGACAAGACCAGCAAUUCUGUAUUUUUCUUAUUGUCAACCCAUUCCAUGAAAAGGAACCAACCCUAAAAACAAGUGUUGUCUGUGUCUCCAUAUCUUCAUAUAACUUAUUCCUCUGUGUCAUGGGGCUCCAUUGUUGUCCAAAAACUAAUAAAAAACACAUCAGGUAAUUCAC